AUGUCCGACGAUUAUCGUUACCCUUCUGAUUUGGAUUCCGAUGAGGGCAGUAUUCUCUGGGACCAGGAUUCGAGGGACUAUCUCGACGACGACGACGAGGAUUUCUUGGAUAGUUUCGAUGACCUGAGCAUUUCCAAUAGCGAGCGCCGUCGUCCCCUUGUUCUCCAUCCCGUGGAGAGUUUAUGCAUUAUAUGCCUUGCACGGCCUAAAUACACGCUGAAUGGACGCUCGUAUACGACUUGCGGUCUAAGAUGCGCAGCUAUCCUUCAGAACGCCACUCAGGCUAGCCCGGCUCCUUCCAUUAAGCGCCUCCCCACUUCGACCCCUUCAGUUCGACCACCUCCGCGUGCUCCAGCUAUUGGCACCCGCCGUAGGGCUUUACCGGCAUCGACUGCGAAUGGGGAUAGUUCUCAUACUCAGAAGCCAGUUUGUGUGGUUUGUAAACAGCGACCCUCGUACCGUGAUGCCGUGACAUGCGGGCUUACAUGCCUGGAGUCACUAGCAACGAAUGGAGGAGAUCCCACCAUGUGCAACUAUUGUCACCGAAAGCCCAGACAGGGUACUGAGCCUCAAUGUGGGACGACAUGCGCCGAAAGUGCCAACAAAGCGUGUCUGUAUUGUCGAUCCCGUCCCAGAAAUGGAAGAUAUCAUCUGUGCAGUAUGGCGUGCAAGAAGCUUUCGACGAAGCAAACACCCCUUUUGCUCGAGGCGCCAAAGGGACAUGCGACCUAUGAAAUGGUGGAGAAGAACUUUCUUAGCUCUUGGAAAGCAGGUGCAAGCAGCGUCCGCCCAACGGUCAAAAGGGUGUACAAGAUUAUAGAAAAUGCGGAUUUCUUAAAACCGUAUGAUGCUUACAAGAAGCGGGUGAAAAAUGAGCAGUUCCGCUACCACGGCACUACACGGACUUGCAGUCUUGGUAAAGUUGGAUCAAACCAAACUAAGGUCUGCAACGACAGUCGGUGCUCCAUGUGCAACAUCCUGAAGACAUCUUUCAAACUGCUCGCGUUCUUCAUUCUUAAUAGGUUUGGCGCUGGGGUUUAUACCUCUUCAGCUUCGAACAAAGCGUUCAGUUUCUCUAACACUAGCGGAGCCGUUCUUGUUACAAAAGUCGUACUCGGAAAGGUUAGGACGGUCAGUGCUUGGAAUGAAGUCAUGUCCUGUCCUACAGGCUAUGAUUCCGUUAUAUUCGAUCGCCAAAAUGGCACCUUGAACGAAACAGUUGUAUAUACAGAUGAUGCUAUCCGCCCUGUAUUCUUGAUAACUUUCUCCUAA